AUACGCAUGCGUCAAAGAUGGAGCUCCGUUUCCGGGAAGAACAGCAAGCGGUAAGCUAGAGCUGAAGGCUUGUUGUUUAAUUGUUACAAAAUGACAGCCGUUACUAUUUCACCGGUUGCCCAUGGAAUUAUACAAGCUGUAAAUGAAAGCAACUUAUGUAAAAUCGAAAGCUUCCUGAACGACACAGCGUAUAGGGAAGCCAUCGAAAAUUCUUCAAAUUAUAAUAGUCGAUUAUGCAGGGAACGACGGUUACGUAUGCCUUUUCUCGAUUCGCAAACAGGUGUAGCCCAAAACCAUUCCGCAUUGUUUAUGUCUGCAAGAGAAAGACUGCCAGGUUUAUUGCAUGGUCAAAUAUACACAUAUCCUAGCAAAAGAUGGCGGAAAAAGCGACGGCAAUAUUUGAUGCAUUACUUGCAUCCAAAAAGAGGACCAAGAGAUACAGAAGAUGGGGUAGAAGGAGUAGAGACUAUAACACAUGUAAAUGAUGAUAGCAAAGAAUCUGUGGCCUUGAAAGAAGAACAUAGUAAAGAUGCUUGGUAUUAUGACGAGCAAGAUAUGUUGGAUAUGGAUACGUACGAGGAACCUGAUGCUGAAAGCGAUUAUGAUUACGAAGAAUAUUACAGCAGUAAAAGAAAACGAAGGAAACCUCGGGGGGGUGGUCAUCAUCCUGCACGAAGUCAUCCAUCGUCUACAGAUAGCCCAGGGGGCAAACGUACUAAGGGUGGGGGACGUGGGCGCAAAAAAACCAACUAUGAUGCUGUUGACACUGAUAAGCCAUUCGUUUGUGACCUAUGCAGCGCACGGUAUAAAACCAGACCUGGUCUGGUCUACCAUUACGGUCAUUCCCACUCUACUUCCUCCGGUGAUCCUGCUAAGGAACUAAGUCCCAGUCCUGCCGAAGUUGAACCUAGGAGCGUUGCAGACACCGCUGCUUCGAACCAGCCAGGUGGUACACGUCGGGGUCGUCAGAACGCAACUUCGUCGAGUACUUCGAGUCCCUCUCCCGCAGCGCCUUCCGCGACCGCUGCGGGAGGAUCGNAGCAGCAGCAGCAGCAGCAACAGCCACAGCAGCAGCCUCCUCCUCCUUCUUCGCAGCAACAGCCGCAACAGCAACCGCAACAGCAGCCACAACCACCCCAACAACAGGUGGCCGCGGCGCAGACAACGGUCGCGCCUGCUUCGCCUACGGUUCCUACGGCGAAAGAAGAACACCUGCCGGCAGCUCCAUCCCCGGGCACAGCAGUCCCCUCUCCCUCUUCGUCUUCGGUGAGACCCGAGGGGCCACCCACUCCAGGAGGAACGAACGAAAAAAAAGUUGGCAAGUCUGCGCAACCGUCCCCUUACUGUGACUUCUGUCUGGGCGAUGCUAGGGAAAAUAAAAAGACUGGCGGCUCCGAAGAGUUGGUCUCUUGCAGUGAUUGCGGUCGCUCAGGGCAUCCGACUUGUUUGCAAUUCACAGCGAACAUGAUCGUUUCUGUUCGCAAGUACAGGUGGCAGUGCAUCGAAUGCAAAUGCUGUUCCAUAUGUGGUACUUCUGACAACGAUGAUCAGCUGCUGUUCUGUGACGACUGUGAUCGUGGAUACCACAUGUAUUGUCUGUCUCCACCUCUUGCAUCUCCUCCUGAGGGCUCCUGGUCUUGCCGUCUGUGCAUAGCAGAAUUUCAUCGCCGUGAUUAAAAGACAGUCUUGUUUCGUAGAUAAGUCACGGAUUUUUUUUUAUCUAUUUGCUGUGGUGCACUGGCCGUUUUUGUCUUUCUUUAUAUCGUUGAAUUAGGAGAGUAUUCGAAAAAAGCACAUUGUCCUUCCCUUUAAUAUAGUAUUACGUUAACGCUAAUGUAUACAAUCAUUGAUCGAGGAUCUUCUUUUCGUUGAUAAGAGAAAGAGUUCAUCAAGAAAGAGUUGGCAGCAUUAACAAUUCCUUUGUUUGUAAGUUCCGAUAAUAAGUGGAAAUAUCGCGAAGUAUUCGUAGUGCGUAAUGGCUGCGUUUAGAUAUCUCAGGCACUGGUGAUCUCAAGCAACUAAAAGUAUGAUAACUAACGUAUUAUAUUUAUAAUUUUAAUGAAGUAGCGUUUAUCAGUAGGUAUAUGAAAAAUGUAGCGUUUAAAGAGCUGCCGACAACAGUAUAGGAUUUUAGAUUCGAAAUGUAUUUUUUAUUGACUUUUAAAGAAGAGACGUAAUUUUUAUGAUGCUUCUUUUUUCUUAAUUAUAGUAGAAAGUAGUUUUUGAGAAUUGUAAACGCGAUAAAUACUCUCCUAAUUCCGAGCCAAUUAACUUUUUAGCCAUUGACAUUCGAAGUUCGGUUGCUUUUACGAUUUCGAAGAUGCUUGAAACACUUUAAACGAUUUGGAAAUCUCAGAUUUUUCCGAAAUUCUUCUAGCUCCUUUUGCUCGUUGACUUGGUCCGAUCCAAGGUUCAUAAAAUAAGCAAAAGUAAGGAAACAGAGUUAAAAUAAAAUUGAUAUUAUAGUAAAAAAUACAUGAUAUUAUAGCAUCUGUUUCAUAAAUAGUGAUAAAAUAGAACACUACCUGUUUAUCUGUAAUGUAUCAUGAUACUAAAGCUUUUACACUUAAUGACACAGCCAUUAGUAGCAGUAUAGCUAUGACAUACAGACUUGCAGUACCGCAGAAAAUUAUAUUCUAUAUGCCCUUUAUUGUUAGCUCAGUAUUUUUAUAUUUUAUAUAUUGAAUGUACUUAAUUUAAGAUACUGUGGUGAUAUUUGGUACUCAUUGAU